AGCCCUUGAGCAUACCCCAACCCCCUCCUCCUGCCUGCAAAGUGUUUGUCCAUCUGAUCCUCCAUUAAAUCCUGAUUAUUAUGGAUUUGUCCUGUGAUUUGCAAAAGAUGAGGGACCAACAAAGGUGAUCUGGCUAGGGGGUAGAUUGGACAAAAAAAAGGGGCUAUUUGUUGGCCAUUAAUGACACAGUGUUGUUUUUGUGCAGAAAUGGGAUGCAUUGCAGAAAAUAAAGCACCACAUCCCAGCAACAUGGCAUUUGAUUUAAGUGAAAGCAAUGCUGGGUUUAGUUGCAUGUGAAAAAAAAUAACUGUCAAACUCAUUUCUGGCUUGUUUUUCAGCUGCAGCUGCGACCUAUUCUGUAAACUCCCCUCUCACCAGAAGCGUCUGAGAGGAGAACUAGUUGGGAAAGGAGGGGAUCUGAGAUUUGGGGGCUCCCAUGCGGCGUCAUGCAGAGCCGAUCAUUGUCUCUCUCACACUUUCUAACUAGCCAUUUCACAACAUCCACACAGCGGAUCGGGCUGUACGCAGCAGCAGCAGAUUUACCCCUCAGGGCUUUUCUCUCUCUUCCCCGACGUCGACCAUAACCAACUAUUUGGAUUCGGCACGCGGAUGAGGCCAAUUACUGGACUUAAUCUAUCAUAAUGUCUCCGCUCAGAUCGACUGAUAGUCAAAUGAGUUAAGCAAUGGCUGGAGAGAUCCGCCGGCUGCGAGAAGAGGCUGUUUAAAUGAACUAACAGAAAGAAGAGCACUUUGAUUUGCAGACUUUUUUGUUUUGUUUUUUGGAGAAGCUGAUCGAGCGGACCAUCAUGCGCAGACUGGCGGGUUUUACGCACGGAGAGCCGCUGAGCGCGUUUGAUUUGGGAUUACUGUGACACACUGGUCGUGUUUUUUAAAAGGGGGAGAUUUAAAAAACGAAAAAAAUAUUAGGAGUCUGCUUCCUCUCGCUCCUGUUCGCUGUCCUCCGGGUUCCUGCAGGACUCCAGAGUCGCCCAUGCAGUCGCCAAGGGAGAGGAGUAAAGUGCGACCCCGAGCUGGAUGGAUGGUUAUGGGGAAAAGAGGGAGACCCUCGGCGCUUGAAGUGUGCAGAGUUCUCGCCGUGUUUUUCGUACUCUUUCCUGCCGUGAGCCUGCAGUGCAAGAUCCUCAAGUGCAACUCUGAAUUUUGGGCCUCCACCUCGAACACUGGACCGGAGGAGGAGUUCUGCACGGCGCUGCGAGCGUACAACAGCUGCGUACGCCGGACCGCUCGUACCUGCAGGGGUGACUUGACGUACCACUCCGCCCAGCAUGGCAUAGAGGAUUUAAUGAGCCAACACAACUGCUCCAAGGAAGGACCGACAUCCCAACCACGUGCCCGAACCCCGCUUCCUCCUCCACCGCCGCCGGUCCUCACCGACAGCCAGGAGCGCUCCGACGGCCCAGAGGUGUGCCACUAUGAACGCAGUCUUUCACGCAGCACAGCAGCGCCCAACUACACGCACUGCGGCUUCUUCGGAGACCCGCACCUCCGAACGUUUGGUGACGACUUCCAGACGUGUAAAGUGGAGGGAGCCUGGCCACUCAUCCACAACAAGUAUCUGUCUGUCCAGGUGACCAACACUCCUGUAGUACCAGGUUCCUUCGCCACCGCCACAAGCAAGCUGACAAUCAUCUUUAAGAACUUCCAGGAAUGUGUGGAGCAGAAGACGUACCACGCAGAGACAGACGAGCUGCCGGCUGCGUUUGCAGAUGGCUCCAAGAACGGAGGGGAUCGACACGGAGCGAACACCCUGCGCGUGGUGGAGAAGGUUCCUGGGCAGCAUGUGGAGAUUCAGGCCAGGUACAUUGGAACGACCAUCGUGGUCCGGCAGGUGGGCCGCUACCUAACCUUUGCCGUGCGAAUGCCGGAGGAAGUCGUGAACUCCGUGGAGGAAGGCGAUAACCAGGACUUGUACUUGUGUCUGCACGGCUGUCCGGCCAACCAGCGCAUCGAUUUCAGGAACUUCAGAGCUCGAGCCACGGAGGCCCACAGCGGAGGCAGGAGCAGGAGCAGCACCGGAGCGCACGGCUUCACCUACCAGUCUGCAAAGGCCAAGUGCAAAGAGCGACUCCCAGUAGAGGAUCUGUACUUCCACUCCUGUGUGUUUGACCUCCUCUCCUCUGGAGACAUAAACUUCACCAUGGCAGCCUACUACGCCUUUGAGGAUGUAAAAAUGCUCCAUUCAAACAGCAAGAGAUACCACAUCUUUGACAGUGAUCCUUUAAUGAGUAGCGCGGCAAAGAGGGGCAAAGAUUUACUUUCAGUCUUCCUCCUCAACCUCCUCGCUUUCUUAUUGUGGAGUGAGUGUGGCGGCAUUCGUCUAUAGUCCCAUCACAGCAUGGUGUAUCCGUCAGUGAGUGUUAGAGUACCAUCGCUGCAUCACACAUCCGCUCCUCUCUUCUGCUCUCAUUCUGUGACUUGACCAGUGAUUUGCCAGUAGGUCACUCCAACCCAGAGUGGUUUUAGUGAUAGUCGUGUCUUGACAUCAGUCUAAGGACAAGACGAGUUUGCAGUCCUCCCACCUGUCAUCACAUGUAUUUAGCUGGUUCAUAGGACUGGUCUUUGAAGAGAGCAGCGGUGAGAGAGCCCAGCUACCCCAGAGCUCAGGAUAUCCACCUGGGAUUAAAUCCCGCAUUCUCAUCAGGGCUGCAUGCCUAUGGGAAGCCGGACAAGAUGAUCUUUUGCAGAAAGAGGAGUUUGCUGAUCUCCCUCCCCUGAUCCCCACAUUGGUGCCAAGCCAGUGAAGCUCUCUGUGGCUCAUGUGGCGAAGCGAGAGGACCUGACAGGGGCUUUUGUUAACCUUAGGCCAGAAGCAGCUCUAUGUUUGAUUAGUUUCCAGCUUUGGAAAAGCCUGAGUCUUUUGGAGGAAGCACUCAGCCAAAAGGAUGUCAGAGCAGCGUCUCCAGUUGUCUGCUGUGGAGAUUAAUGGGUCAUAUUGUUAGGUUGUGAGUGUGUGUUUGUGUGUGUGGAUGUGUGUGCAUUAGUACAAUAUGUGUGCAGAAUUCAGCAUCUGUGGUUAAUUUUGUGUGUUUGUGGGUGCAGAAGUUUCCAGAAAGGAGAUAACAAACCUCCAGUGGGAGACAUUUCUCCCAUGUCUUUGUGUUGCACCCAACAUUUCAGAAAUAGAAAAGAUGACGCUCUCGGGUCUGUUCAAACGGGCUCUGUCAGCCAAGUAGCAAACUCCAAAAGGGAACUGAUAAAAAUAGUCCUUUUUUCAUCCGUGCGUCAACUUCAGUGUCAUACAACCUCUUCCCUCCGUUGUCGGAGCUGACAUGUUGAUCACACAGUGUUUGUGUUUCAAGUCUGUUUUGUGAAUGUAGCGAACAGGAAAGCAAAGGAACAAACUUCGUCAAGGGCACUCGAAGCGUUUACAGAAUUUAGAUCAAUCCAGUCAAAGUAUGACAACUCUGUGAGAUCAUUUUGUGAGUCUGAAUCUGUUUCCAGUUGAAGCGUGGCGUUAGAUCUGUUAGUGCUAGCUGUAAUGACAUCGCCUCUAGUCGGUUUAGCAUUUUCUAGACUUCCAGUGCGCUGACCUGACCGUGGCUUAGUGAGUUAAACGAUAAGCAUAUGUCUGUAGACGUGAUUCCAUGGCUUAAGUCGUUGCCAAAGAACAAGCCCUUGUGCCAACGUUUUCCCUCACAGCUGAAUUUUCAUCUUUCAGUCUUAAACGGCUCACAUUUAGGCGGUUGUAUAUAGCUUGUGUUUUGUGGGUGAACUAGCGUUAAAAAUUUACAGUAACGCAUACUGUAAAAGCAACAUUUGUUUCUGUUUUUUCAGUCUCACGUUUGCUUUUCCUGCGUUUCAUGAUGGCGCCCCUCGCGACGAGAGGUUUUCAUUUGAGCUUUGGCUCUCAGCGUCUGUUAGCGUGCAAGUCAUCCCUGUAGAUACUGUUACUACUGGGGCAUAGUCUUCUGGUCAUUUAUCCUUUACACUGAAGUAUUUGGCAGGCCUUACUACUGCUAUUUGGAAUAUGUAUUGGUGCAGUUUGACAACAACGAAAAAAAAAAGAGUCCUACAAACAGAUGAUUGUAACGUUGAAUCUUGUGUUAAUAGAUGUAAUUUGUAUUGUGUGUUUUACAGUAUACGGUUCUACAUGUGUAAUGUGAGAUUGUACAUAUGUUUUGUGCAUCGUUGACUUUAAAUUUGUAUAUUACCAGUUGUGUUUUUUUGAAUUUAUCACUCCAGUUUUUUGUACAUGAGAUGUUUUGGUGAAUGUGAACCUUUUGAUUUGAAAAGGGAUAUUUUUUUAUUUUGUUUUCUUUUGCAAAAACAUGAACACCACAGACCAGAAUAGUAUUUACUGAACAGUGUCCACUUUGAUGUUUGUAGAAGAAGUGAUGAAAUGGUAGUUGUAGAUUAAAGUAAAAAUUGUAAAGUAAAUGAAAGUAAAACCUGUAAAGCAGCCCGCCUUCCCUAGAAAAGAGAAUGUAGGAAAAGUGAUCUGGGGCGUUCAUGUUUUUGAGUUUAAAGCACUUUAUGUUUUCUUUUUCAUUUAGCUCUUUUUUUUGUUUGACUUGUAAUGGUGAAAAAGAAUUUUAAAAAAAUAGCUGAGUGGGAGAUGCCAGAAAGAUCAAACUGUGUAAAGCAAAUGUGGUCCCACAUGCCAGCUGUUUAUAAUGUAAAUUAUUUAUUGAAUAAAAGAAAAUGUCUUGUUAA